AUGGAAAACCACUCCCGAGACAAAGGUAAAGCCACCCAAACUGACAACGAUGACAAAGAUGACCUCCAAUCAGUCCUCACCCUCCAACGUCAUCUACUAAUGGAAGCCAAAACCUUAGACUCUGACCUCGACUUUGCAUUCCAACUCCAAAUGCAAGAAGCCUUUUCCGCUUCCCUCUCUGUUCAUCACCCUUCCUCUUCCCUUGACGUCACCCUUUCCCCUCCUUCGGACAUGGGUUUCGACUACGUAACCCUCAUGCUCCAAGACAUUGAGAGGUUCGAGAUGGAACGUAAAGAUAGGGAAGAAAGCGAGGAAGAGAUGAGGAGAUUCAGGAACGACCUAAACCGUUCGAUUUACGACCAAAACUUCGCUAGGUACAUCAUGAAUGUCCCUGAACAAGAAUGGAACAACUAUGGGGAUAACUACGAAAGGCCUUACGAUGGGAACGUGGUGGAAGCCCAAAAUGAGGGUUUUAGAGUUUAUGUCAAAGGGUUGGUGAGUGAAGAGAGGAUAAGGGAGAUGAAAGUUACGGUGGGGGGUGUUGGAGUUGCCAUUUGUGAUUUUUGGAAUAAUUUGGUCUUGGAAUUGAGGAAGAAGUUAGACGGUGCAGAGUUCAUGACCGGUGAAAUGGCUGGAGUCGAGGCUGUGAUUCAUGGGCUUAAUGCAGCUUUGAGUUUGGACUUGAAAAGGGUUACACUUUUUGUUGAUGAUUUCUUGGUUUAUCAGUUCAUUACAGGCAGACAGCAACCUGGACAGAGCAAGUUGGGGACAAAAGUCAACGAGGUCUCUCUUCUACAAAAGCGACUUACCUACUUUCAACCAUCAUUUGCGGCACGUAAUGAUAUGAGCUUUGUGUUCAAGCUAGCAAGAGAUGCUAUAGUCUCUCAGAUUACUUGGCCUGUAGAAACUAGCAAUGGCAAGGGUUUGAAGGAGACUUGCAUGAUAUGUUUUGAAGAUACUGAUGCUACCCAGAUGUUCACUGUCGAUGGUUGCUUUCACAGAUAUUGCUUUUCUUGCAUGAAGCAGCAUGUAGAAGUCAAAUUGCUAAAUGCAAUGGUGGCUAGUUGUCCUCGUGAAGGCUGUAAUACUGAGGUGACUAUUGAUAGCUGUGGGAAAUUCUUGGAUCCUAAAUUAGUUGAGAUCAUGAGCAACCGCAAGAAGGAAGCUUCUAUUGCUGUUUCAGAGAAAGUUUAUUGCGCAUUUCCAAGGUGUUCUGCACUGAUGUCGAAAAGUGAGGUCUUACAAUAUACUAGAACUGUAAUGCUUGUUGCUGAACAAUCUGGGGCCAGAAAAUGUGUGAAAUGCCAUCGCUUUUUCUGCAUCUAUUGCAAGGUUCCUUGGCACUUUGAUAUGACCUGCAUUGAUUACAAAAGAUUGAAUCCUCAUCCUGCUAGUGAAGAAGCUAUGUUGAACACUCUUGCUACUAAAAAACGAUGGCGUGAAUGUAUUAAGUGCAAACAUGUGAUUGAACUUGCUGGAGGGUGCUAUCACAUCACUUGCAGAUGUGGAUUUGAGUUCUGCUACACUUGUGGAGCCGAGUGGCGUAACAAGAAACCAACAUGUUCCUGUCCAAUAUGGGAUGAGCCUAACAUUAUACAUAAUCGACAAAGGCGGCAAUAAUCGUACGUGGUAGAAAUAGAGAGAAGACAAUGAAUUCCUUACUUUCUGUGGUUCUUCCCUCCUUUCUCAAAACUAUUAGUUUGGGUUGAUGUGUGUUGGAGGUACACAUCGUCUGAAUUUGAUGACUCUACUUCUUGCAUAGGUAUCGCAUGCUGUCAUACCCUUUGAUGAAAGAGGCUCUUUUGGGACAUUGCCUACAUAUUUUAAUAUAGCAAUCCUUUUUUAGGGUCACUGUUUCAGAUUUGCAGCUGUUUUGUAGUGAAAACAAAGAUGGAAA